AUGUCUGAAAUAAAUGCCGACAAUAGGACUCCGGGAGAGACCAUACAUUCGGUGCGUAUUUCGUGGACUAAUAUCCGGGUGUCGACUAAAACACAGAAAUCUAUGUAUAAUUGCUUUCAAAAUAAAACAUUGCCAAAGGAAAUCAUUCGUAACGUAUCUGGUUCUGUUAACGCUGGAAGUCUAUUGGCAAUUAUGGGGGCAAGUGGCGCCGGAAAGACAACUCUAUUGAAUGUAUUGACGGCAAGAAAUUUACGGCAACUGUCCGUCAAUGGAGUGGUACUCAUGAAUGGACAGACAGUCAGUCAACAGACCAUUGCAUCCAUGUCCUCGUAUAUACAACAACACGAUUUGUUUCAACCCAUGCUUACAGUCAGAGAACAUCUCAUGUUUCAGGCAUUGUUAAGAAUGGAUAGGAAUUUGAAUAAAAAUGAGAGACAAGAUUGCAUUCAACGGGUUAUAGACAAGUUUAAUUUAACGAAAUGUGCGGAAACAAGGAUUGGAGAUAAAAAUCAUUUUAAAGGCAUUUCCGGCGGAGAAAUGAAAAGACUGUCCUUUGCGUCAGAAGUCCUCACAAACCCUUCGCUAAUCGAUGAGCCGACCACUGGUUUGGACUCAUUUAUGGCCAAAAGUAUAGUACAAGUGCUGAAGUCUAUGGCAUCGGAGGGACGGACUGUCAUCUGUACUAUACAUCAGCCCUCGUCUCAAGUGUUUGAACUCUUCGACAGUCUAUUACUUAUGGCCGACGGAAGGGUAGCAUUCAUGGGGUCCAUCGGUGACGCCAAGAAUUUCUUUUCAACGCAAGGAUUACAAAUUUGCGACAAUUAUCUCGAAUCGAGUUAUACUGAUGUCGUUAUUAAUGCGAAUGAAAACAACACUCGAGGAACGCCUGCAAUAAAUAUACCGAUUCUGGGGACGGGCUAUAUGGCUGGCUAUUGGCGACAAUUUGUGACCCUAUUCUGGCGCUCGUAUAUAACCCUAACCCGUAAUCCCCAAUUGCUACUAGACCGAUUGGUUAUGUAUUUGAUUACUGCAUUUUGGUUGUGUAUUAUGUUUUACAAUAUUGGAAACGCCUACUCCGAUGCGAGUAAUAUCAUGGGAGCACUUAUUACGCUUAUCCAGGCCACUUCUAUGCCACCCAUAUAUUAUGCUUCAGUGACAUUAGUGGAGGAGAUGCCACUGAUGUAUAGGGAGCACCACAACCGUACGUACGCUGUGUUACCAUAUUUUUUGUCGACCAUUAUCAUCCAGUUGACCGCCCAAAAUUUGGAGCAACUUCGAGAUAGUGUCACCCUCGAAGAACAAAGGGCUUUUAUCAAGAUAAAUCCCAACUACAAACCGCUCUCCCAAAUACUGGUUUACAACAAAGUGCAGUAUACAAAUGGUAUGGUGAUUUUAGGGAUGGAAAGCGAACCGAUAUCACUGAACAACCAAGAUCGGGUAGACCACGGACAGCCACUGUACUGCUCUUAUUUCUUUCCUAAGCGGUCGAGUAGAAUCUCUCACUUCCUUACGCUUGCCUUCUAA